AUGUCCGUACUCGGUGGACGGGUGCCGCUGCUGGUGCCGCUGCUGGCCCUGCUGGCCACGCUGGUCUCCAGCGGCGACUCUCGCCGGCUCUCCCCCUGGGAGAUGGCCGAGAGGGCCGAGCUGCUGCUGGAGGAGGUGGCAGACGACCUGCUGGCUCAGGAAGAGGCACAGGGAGAGGACGGCCGCAAGGCGCCGACGCCGGCCCAGUUUCAGUCGCGCUGUGAGCUGGUCGGUCACACCCAGCUGGUCCAGGUGCGCGGCUGUGCGCCGGUCGAGCUCACGGUGAACGCCUGUGACGGCAUGUGCGGCUCGUCGGCUCACCCUUCCAGCUGGCACACGCUGAGCAUGAACCCGAGACACGCGGUCACCUCCGUCGGACAGUGCUGCAACAUUAUGGAGACGAAAAACGUCAGCAUUAAAAUGGAGUGUAUCGAUGGUCCCAAGUACGUGAAAAUCAAGUCAGCUAAAUCGUGCGCGUGCUUUCACUGCAAGAAGACGUGAAGGCGUUCUUAUAAAAGGGGCAUAAAGCAUAUGACGUCCUGAUGAACGUCUACUUUGUUGCUGCAGCGCUCGUACAUGUGUGUGAAAGCAAACCAAAACAUAUAAUAGUUAUUAUUUGGUCGACAUUGGAAUAUACGGUGAUGCGUGAUUCGUUGACAGAACGAUGUUCCCUUCCAUGCAAGA